CGCCGUGUUCGCGCCCCGCGCGCCGCCGCCGGGCGAUAAAGGUCUCGCGGCGGAGCUCUGACGUCACGGCGAGUUAAUUUUAAACCCGGACAAGAUGGCGGAAAGGGACGCGGCGCGGCGCGCGGGGUCGGCCCGCCAACGGCCCGAGCCGGCAGGUAAGCUUUAUGAGGAGGAAGAAGAGGAGGAUGCCCUACUUGACUCCGAUGUCAUGCCAGAUUCAGAUGACGAGGUGGAUUUGGAUAAGCCGCGCCCCAUACAGAUUGUUCUCGCUCAUGAAGAUGACCAUAACUUUGAAUUAGAUGAAGAAGCAUUGGAAAAAAUCUUGCUUCAGGAACACAUCAAAGAUCUUAACAUAGUAGUUGUGUCUGUAGCAGGAGCUUUCCGCAAAGGAAAAUCUUUUCUGCUGGACUUCAUGCUUAGAUACAUGUAUAACAGGACUUCUCCUUGCUGGAUAGGUGGAAACACUGAGCCUUUGACUGGGUUUACAUGGAGAGGUGGAUGUGAGCGGGAAACCACUGGCAUCCAGAUCUGGAGUGAAGUGUUUGUAAUUGAUAAACCCAAUGGAACAAAGGUUGCUGUACUACUCAUGGAUACCCAAGGUGCCUUUGAUAGCCAAUCCACUAUCAAAGACUGUGCAACGGUUUUUGCCCUGAGCACCAUGACAAGUUCUGUCCAGGUAUACAACUUGUCCCAGAAUAUUCAGGAAGAUGACCUUCAACAUUUGCAGUUGUUUACAGAAUAUGGAAGACUAGCUAUGGAAGAAAUUUACCAAAAGCCAUUUCAAACGCUAAUGUUCUUAAUUAGAGAUUGGAGUUACCCUUAUGAACAUGCAUAUGGCUUGGAAGGAGGAAAAAAGUUCCUAGAGAAAAGAUUGCAGGUAAAGCAAAACCAACAUGAAGAGCUACAGAAUGUAAGGAAGCAUAUUCACUCCUGUUUCAGUAACCUUGGCUGUUUCCUGUUGCCCCACCCUGGUCUUAAAGUUGCAACAAAUCCAAAUUUUGAUGGGAGAUUAAAUGAUAUAGAUGAGGAUUUUAAGAAAGAGCUGCGGAAUUUGGUACCAUUAUUGCUUGCCCCUGAAAACUUGGUAGAAAAAGAGAUUAGUGGAUCCAAGGUGACCUGUAGAGAUCUUGUAGAAUACUUCAAGGCUUACAUUAAGAUCUACCAAGGAGAGGAGCUACCUCAUCCAAAGUCUAUGCUGCAGGCAACAGCCGAGGCAAACAAUCUUGCUGCUGUGGCAGGAGCAAAAGACUUGUACAGUAAAAGCAUGGAGCAGAUUUGUGGAGGAGAUAAGCCUUACAUUGCCCCAUCGGACCUUGAGCGGAAGCACCAGGAUUUCAAAGAGUCAGCUGUCAAGCAAUUCUGCUCCGUGAAGAAGAUGGGAGGGGAGGAGUUCUGUCGGCGCUACCAGGAACAGCUUGAGGCAGAAAUCGACGAGAUCUAUGCAAACUUUGUGAAGCACAAUGAUGGCAAAAACAUAUUUUACGCUGCUCGUACCCCUGCCACUCUAUUUGCAGUCAUGUUUGCCAUGUAUAUAAUCUCAGGACUGACUGGGUUCCUUGGCAUGAACUCCAUAGCUACCCUGUGUAAUCUUGUGCUGGGGAUGGCUCUUAUAUCCUUUUGUACUUGGGCAUACGUUAAGUACUCUGGGGAAUUCAGAGAAGUUGGAACAGCCAUUGAUCAGAUCGCUGAAGCUAUAUGGGAACAGGUGUUUUUCAAACUCUUUGAAGUCCUUAGAUGCCGAACAAUUCGCCGUGCUCUUACAUCAACGCCGCGACAGCGACUCUCAUCCAACAAUAACAAGAAGAAAAACUAGACAGUAUUUUUAACUUUCUUUCUGUAUCUGAAGUGUUCACAACUUACACAUAUAGGACAAUAAGCUGGACCGUCUGGGCCGGUCUGCAUAAAUGCUGUAACCAUACCAGACUGAUGCUGCAUAUAGGGUAUGGAAUUGCACAUCCACCUUCUAGGAACUGUAAAGUGGUUUGAAUUCAGAGAAAUACUGCUGUGUAGGAGGGAUAUCACUUGUGUUCAUAGCAUGUGACUGGUUUAACCCCAUUAGUGUAGCAGCAAAACUCAUAUUUCAGUUCAUGCCAGUUUGUGUCAGACUUCAGCAUUCCAAAUUUUUUCAUUAUUUCAAGCCUCAUCUUUUUGUAUGGUUUUAUAUUUUAUUUUCCUUGGUUACCUCAUUUUUUUGUUUCUUUGCACGUUUCUCAUUCCACAGGUGUUGAAGCCCAUGAGUGAUAAUUUGGUGGAGGAUCAUAUGAGGCAGUCUGUUAGAAACUCUAUCAAAGCAGGCCUGACCGAGCAGGUGUCUCACCAUGCCAGACUAAAGACAGACUGACAGUUCAUCUCCUCUUCAACUCUGCCCUCUCAUCCUAGACGUGCUUGCUGUAUCAUGAGAACUCAAUAAUAAAAAAAACAAAACAAAAAUAAAAAUAAACCAAAGUUUACAAUCAACUGUAGAAGUAGUUUAGUGUGACUGGCUUCACAGAUUGCUGCCAUCACCUGGGGAGAGUAAGUUUGUCAGUGCUCUGCUUCCGAGACAAACUGGUGCCAUGGAGACUGGGGGUGGGCGGGAGGGGUGUGUGUUUUUAAGUAUAGUCCUGAUGAACCAUGCAUGUGUGCGUUUUGGGGUGUGUGUGGGGGAGGGAUCUUCCCCCCCAGUGUUUGAGUUGAUGCAGUGUCUGGCUUACAGUGGGAGCCUGUCCUCUGCAGGAGAUAACUUCAGGGAAGUACCGAUCAGACCAUGUAAGGGGUGCUGUGCUGUCCCCAGAUGUACCUAGCUCUACAACACCCCUUUGCCACCUCUAAGGCUGGAAUGUUUCAGUGUAUCAAGUUGGUGAAGCUGUUAGAGCCACUGUGUUAGAUAUGCAUCUUGCUUUGCUGCCUUUUAUACCAGUGCUACACAAACGCAGAUAUUGGUUCCUCACACGGCUGAUGGCAGAACUGGCUCGUAAGGAAGGCAGUGGGUCAGAGCAUGUGGUGUCUUGCCUUGAACUUGCAGACCUGGUCCAGAGGGAGGUGCAUAUCCGAACUGAGCUGUCUUUUUCUGCAGUUUAGCCUUCAUGUAUAUAAUAUUGCCAUUAAUUCUACUGGGGGAAGAAAUUCCAUCAAAAAACGUUGCCUACAGCUACCAAGCAAUGAGUUAGGAUUGUCUGUACAGUGUGUUUAGUUUUUAUUUUUUAAGAAAUCACAGAUAGGGCAUGUAUAUGAAAUAUAAAUAUAUAAAUACAAUUUUGUAUCAAAGUUUUGUAGUUUAUGGCAAAACCUGGUUCUGUGGUAGCUAAGUGCAGUCCCUGUAAGGGAAUGUUUGUGGCUCAUGUAAAUGUGUGAAUGCAUCAACAAUUUGAAGUUUUUUGAUAUAUUUGUGAUAUUUACCUGCCUUGAGCACUGCAAUCUCACCCCUUUGGGAAAAUCAGUGGGAAUGUUUGUUGUGAAACUCUUGUCUUCUGUUGCAUUUUAAAGUUAUUUCCUGUAAUUUAUUUUCAGUACAUGAUUAAAAUCAGUUGUGUAUAUAUGAAAUGAAAUUCGUGCUUAUUUUUAAAAGAUGUUUAAGUAUGUAUUCUGCUACAUAAACUAUGUCAAAUACUUAUCCUGACAAUUAUAUAAACAAAUUGUCUAUUGUACUUCAUGGCUUUCUAUUGAAGCUGAUGUUUCUUUCAUGCUAGUCUCUGAAAGAUGACAUCUGUCUAGGUCGUAUCCCCUCCCUGUUUAGGAAAACCUUCUGCUUUUCUGAAGCACGCUUCUUGACUUCACGGAGUUGUUUGUCAGCUUCUGCCCUCCAACAACUGUAUCAUUCUGAAAUCUUGCUACAGGCUCUGUUUUCACUUGACUAAGCAUCAACCAAGGUGUUUUCAGAUGUGUGGAGUAUAAGGGCAGCUAGACAGUUAACUGCUGUAGUUUCAGCUGGAAAAUGACUGUGUGCAAUAGCUUGUAUUUUAUUAUUUCUUCAUUCCGAAGUAGUAAAAACUUCCAUCAAUGUUUGAGCUUUAUCAGGCUCCCCUCUGAGCAGUGAGGGAAACUAUCUGUUUAGAACUAAAGCAAUUGCACUGUGACUUUUGUACCCUAAGGAGCUGCUAGGGAUUGGUGGUUGUUACCUGUCCUCUGGAGAUUAGGGCUCAGCUCCGGGUGAAUGAUGCUGAAGAUGAGGUAGGAAUGUUGCAUUUUAUGCUAUCUUCUCUGAAACUGUACAGAUUAAAUACUGUUAUUUAAACAA